AUGGGCGUCGCACCAAAUUGUGGUUCCCGCGGUUCUUUGCGACAGGGGGAUCUGCCCCCACUCGUCCAGCCAAGAGACGAACACCCUGACGAGAGCCCAAGCCCGCCUCUGGUUGCAUCUGUCGCGCCGUGUUUGUACCGAAUCAAGAGCACAACUGUUGCAGUUUCAAUGGGAAACUCGUGCUCCCCUGGCUGCAUCUCUGCCACACCCGCCCACCGCCGCGGAGUUGAUGAUAUUCGCAGAUAUUACAAGAUCGGUCGUGUCAUAGGCUGCGGUUCUUUUGGUCAAGUGCGAGAAUGCACAGACAGAGAAACUGGCCAGGUUUACGCCGUAAAGGUGAUGGAACGGCGCAUGAGUGGCAAGGAAAAAAUGACUCCAGGCAGACCGUCGAACGAGGCUAUGAUCCGUUCGGAAGUGGAAAUACUCAAGUCUCUGCACCACGAAAACAUCGUUUCUUUUGUUAAGUUUUUUGAAGACAAACAUUGUUUUUACGCCAUUCUUGAAAAGUGUGACGGCGGUGAACUCUUUCAUCAAAUAGUCAGCCGAAGGCAAUUCACUGAAGAAGACGCCUCUGCCCUCUGCAGGCAAAUGGCGUCUGCUCUUGCUUAUCUACAUGGCCAGGGCGUUGUUCACCGCGACGUAAAGGCGGAGAACUUUCUUUUUAAGAGCAAGGGAGCCGAUUCAAUCAUCAAGCUUAUCGACUUCGGGAUGUCUGCAAGGCACGUGGAACGGGGUCAAGCAUCUUUUAUCCCCUUAAUAAGAGAGUUUGAUCUGGAUUUGGUGCGAAUGUGUGCGGAGCAGAGAGAGGUGCAAAGCAAGCAGCUUAACUGGUCGCGGGCGGCCUGCCCGUUUUUAACAGAUGCUGCGAUUGACUUCCUGAGUCGUUUGCUAGACAGAAACGAGAAGACACGCCUCACCGCAACUCAAGCGUUGGCGCAUCCGUGGAUUUCACAGCCGUCACCUGACAAGGCGUUGUCUGUGAUUGGUAAAGACAAGUUGGAGCUAGCCCGGCGGCUUUCCGUUGACUGUGAGCACCAAGGCAGUCAAACAUCAACGAGGAAAAAUUUCAAGGUUGACAGGCCGCCGAAGCAUUCCGUGUGUGCGGGGGGCUUGCUUCAGCAUAAUCGUCAGCAUGCUUCAGACUCCGCUGACCACAGUAGCCGGGAGCACAAUGGGGAGUUCGACUCUGGAUAG